CUCCCUCUGCCCGGAGGAGGGCAGAACGCGCGCUACCUUGCAGCCACUGGGUUCCCGCGCGUCCUCGGAGUUCUCAGCCGUUCGGCCCCAGGAUCCCGCAGCAUGACUGUCAAGAAGAUCGCGAUCUUCGGUGCAACCGGCAGGACCGGGCUCACCACGUUGGCCCAGGCGGUGCAAGCAGGUUAUGAGGUGACAGUACUGGUUCGCAAUUCCAGCAAGCUGCCAUCAGAGGGGCCCCAGCCAGCCCAUGUGGUGGUGGGAGAUGUUCUGCAGGCGGCUGAUGUGGACAAGGCCGUGGCUGGGCAGGACGCUGUCAUCGUACUGCUGGGCACCGGCAACGAUCUCAGUCCCACUACAGUAAUGUCCGAGGGCACCCGGAACAUUGUGACAGCCAUGAAGGCGCAUGGAGUGGACAAGGUCGUGGCCUGCACCUCGGCCUUCCUGCUGUGGGACCCAUCCAAGGUGCCCCCACGCCUGCAGGACGUGACCGAUGACCACAUACGGAUGCAUAAGUUGCUGCAAGAGUCCGGCCUGAAAUACGUGGCCGUGAUGCCCCCACACAUAGGGGAUCAGCCACUAACUGGAGCCUAUACGGUGACCCUGGACGGACGGGGGCCCUCGAGGGUCAUAUCCAAGCAUGACCUGGGCCACUUCAUGCUGCGUUGCCUCACCACCAAUGAGUAUGAUGGACACAACACCUACCCCUCCCACCAGUAUGAGUAGGACCCUGGCCCUGGUUGGGAGAAUGGCAUCCUGAGACAUGACAGACAUAGAAGGAUCAAUAAAUUUUUAGCCAAGAGCUUCAAAGUA